AUGAGUCUCGCUUCGCGGCAUAGCGGAGCUACACAAGGUAGUAAUCACACUAAUGCUAACAAUGCGUCGAAGCCCACUCAUGGUAAAUCAAAUCGUAUAUGCGGUUCCUUCGCAAGUCUGAUUUCUGGACGCUUAGCGUUACCUCGGCAGUUGGUUGUACAAGCUAGAAAUGCUCUAGACAAUACUCCUGUGUCGAUACACCUCAGUUUCUCUGGCACAAUUGGCCAGGGUACCUUUGGGCAGAUUGAAAAAGCUACUCUUACCACUCCGCCCCCCUCAAAGUCUGUCGAUGAAAAGUCCUCUUCAUCGGUUACUGCUAAUUCCUCCGACAGCACUGUUUUAUCGGUUGCGGUGAAGCGAGUGCUACAGGAUCCACGCUACAAAAAUCGGGAGCUGAGUAUCAUGCAGAAGCUCAGCAGGCACCCGAACGUGGUAAAAUUUUACUACUACUACUUUUCCACUUCGUCCUCUGCGUCACGCACUCGGUCAAGAAACUCGCAACAGCCCUGCGAAGGUGUGUGCACGGACAUGCCACCAAACGCGGAUAUGGACGUGUAUUUGCAUUUAGUGCUCGAGUGCUUUCCGGGCAGUCUGUGUGAAUUGGUCUACAUGUACUUUCAACGCAACAUGAGCAUUCCGCCACUCACUGUCAAAUUGUUCACUUAUCAGAUGCUCAAAGCUCUAGCCUAUCUUCACAGUCACCAAAUUUGCCAUAGAGAUCUUAAGUCCUCAAAUCUGCUUGUUAAUGAGCAGACCAUGGUCCUGAAACUAUGUGAUUUCGGCAGUGCUAAGGAGAUGGUUCCUGGGACAACUAACGUCUCCUACAUCUCCUCUCGCUACUAUCGAGCACCGGAGCUUUUGUUCGGAGCGCAGAUGUAUACCUGUGCUAUCGAUACGUGGGGUGCAGGGUGUGUGUUGGCGGAAAUGUUGCGUCAUCAAUGUCUCUUCACUGGCGCCGAUUCAGUGGACCAGCUGGUAAAGGUGAUUCGAGUACUGGGUACGCCAACGGCAGAAGACAUUGCUAGCAUGAACCCUAUGUACGAGUCUUAUAACUUCCCUGACGUGCAGUCUUGCCCGGUGAAGCUUUUCUUCCCACGUCACACACCGGCUGAUCUGCUCGCACUCAUGUCCAAGAUGCUUGUUUAUAACCCCAACAAUAGGCUACCACCCCGACAAGGUCUCCUUGACCGCGCAUUCGAUGAAAUUCGAGACCUAAGGGCAUCUGGAGGUAAGUUGCCCAAUGGCAACCCUCUACCACCUCACCUUUUUGACUCCGAUCCGCCCGAUUUCUCGCAAUCCGCUGCUGGUGACAAAAUUUCCACCUCCGUCGCCGCCUCAUCUGCUCAAUCCAAGGAUUCCAGCAGCAAGCACUCUAGUAAGUGA